GAUAAAUAUCUACACAUAAGAUGGAUCAAACUAAACAAAAAAUGACGAAGCCUUUUCUUCUCUUUUGCAUUGUCGUCUCCUCUUACUUCAAUUGCAUCAAACUCUGCUCCUCCUUCGACAGCAAUAACAUCUUUGAUGCAUGUCCAACGGAUGAUUCAAAACGUCAAACCAUAUUCAUGAACGGGUUCCCAUGCAAGAACCCGACAAACAUUUCAGCCUCGGAUUUCAAGACCUCGAGGCUGAACCACGUGGGAAACACAGACAACUUCGACCUGUCCUCCACCACCAUCGUCACCGCCGCGGACUUCCCGGGCCUCAACACCCUCGGCCUAUCGGUUGCCAGGACCGACCUGGAAGUGGACGGCAUGGUGGUGCCACACUCGCACCCGAGAGCAUCCGAGAUGAUCUUCGUUAGCAAAGGUGUUGUGUUUGUUGGAUUUGUGGAUGCCGCCAAUAAACCGUUUCAGAAGGUUCUUAAGGAAGGUGAUGUGUUUGUGUUUCCUAAAGGUCUGCUUCACUAUUGCUUGAAUUCUGGGUUCGAGUUGGCUACUGUGUUUUCUGUGCUCAACAGCCAAAACCCUGGUGUGGUUAGUAUCUCAAAUGCUAUGUUCGACUUCGAUGAUUCGGAGGCAAUGAAAAUGCUAAAGAAGAAAUUGAUCUCUCUUUCUACGCAUGAGAACGAUCAACAAUGUGACUCGUUCCGGGACUUGUGAUUUUAAAUGAAGCUAAGGGUUGAAACAACUACUAUGUUUGUGAAUGAUCUAAUACUAAUAUACUGAAAUAACUGUCUCUGCA